AUGUCCCCUGACCCCAUGCUGGAGCCUACGGUCCCUGGAGAAGAGCCAGAGGAAGUUGACGAAGGCGAGGAGAGCGACGAAUAUGAGGUUGAGGGCGAAGAAGAAAACCAAGGUGACUUGCCCCACCCAGUGGGAGCUGAAGAAGACGAUGAGGAGGAGGAUGGAGAAGAAGAAGAAGGUGCCGCAUCAAGGAAAGUUGAGUCAUUGGUACAGAGUAAACCAAGUUUGACGGCGCUACUGGUUGGUGAGAAUGGCACGUCAGUCUCAGCUGCUGCUGCCGAUGAUGACGAGGACGCCGAGGACGACGACGAGUAUUUCGAGGAAGAUGAAGACGAGCCUCCUACUUCUGCUGGCGGCUUGAAGCGUUAUGCGGAUGAAAUCAGUGAAGCAGACGAAGAGGAGGAGGAAGAGGCAGAUGGCGGAGCUGCAAAGAGGGCACGAGUUGGCUGA